AUGGCGCUCAAAGUCCUUUUCGUCUCAAGAACUGGGCGCGAGGUGUGGACAGCGAGGUACAGAAAAGAGACAAACUGCUGGAUAGUGAACAACGAGACAGUUGGUGUGCUGAGCAGCACCGAGAUACUCUUCCAAGGGAGACCGUAUUUUAUAUCGCUCUCCACUCCAUCGGAUGCAUACCUCUACGAGAUAGAAGAGCUCUCUGAAAUACUGCAAAGGUGCCCAAAAAAGCCGUUUGAAGAUCUCUGCAAAGAGAUUAAAGCCAAGCAGCCCAGAGCAGCUAAAAAAAGCAGGUAUUACCAGCAGAUUCUUCGAUCCUCCAACUGUUUUAUGAAAACACGUACGCUGGACAUGUUCAGAAGAAAGCAAACGAGAUGGGAGGUGAAUGCAGAAGAAUUUAGUAACUUUAAAAAAGUCAAGCUCUCAGUGCAAAACAUAAUAGUCACCGUAGAGGAAGAAAAAGAGACUAUUGGUCUUUUUUAUGAAGAGGAAAAUCAAAAAGAAUAA